CAGCAGAAAAUGGAAAUAAAGGAAGUGAUGAAGAAAAAGAAAAAUGUGAAGAAGAAGAGUUGUCUUUGGGUGUUAAAGAAACAUAUACAGUUUUGGCUAAAAUAUUAUGCCUUAAACCUAUGCUUGUAAUGAUUGUUGUUUUGCUUACUGGAAAGAUUGCGUUUGCUGCUUCUGAUGGAAUGACUGACUUAAAAUUAAUAGCUGUCGGAAUAACAACAGAUAAAAUAGCUAGCAGAUCUCUAUUUCUUACCCCUCUACAUAUUGUACUUCCUUGGCUAUUAGGCAAACAAACUGCUGGUCCUAAACCUCUCAACGUCUUUCUUUGGGCAUACCCUUAUCGUUUAAUAAUGGGUGUUGUGUUUGCUUUACUUGUUUAUUGGACUCCUUCAUUUAAAGAAUCAUCUGGUGAUUAUUCCUAUUUUUAUUAUGCAAUAUGGAUGGGGGCUUAUUACCUUCAACAGAUAGCUUCUUAUUGUAUAUUUCUUUCAAUGAUGGCUUUCAACGCGCAAAUAUCUGAUCCAAAGAUUGGUGGAACAUAUAUGACAUUAUUAAAUACUUUAAAUAAUUUGGGUGGGAAUUGGCCAGUAACUCUAUUUUUGAGUAUCACAGAUUUUUUUAAUCGAAAAAAUUGUGUUGCUACAGGGACAAAAUUAAUUCUUGGUGCCUGUAAUACCAAAAAAGAUGAAGAAAUGUGUAUUAAAGGUGGUGAUGUUUGUGAAUUUCAUAUUGAUGGUUAUUACAUUUCUGUUGGAAUAUGCACUAUAAUUGGUUUAUUGUGGUAUAGAAUAUUUUAUAGACGUAUUAAAUAUUUCCAAAAAAUUCCGAGACAAGAAUGGAGAGUUAUUAAAAAUAAAUAA